AUGAACUUUGCUUUAGUUGAGAUUGAAAUGAUGUUAUCAAUGAUGGGGAAGAGUUUGAGGGACUUUCCAGUAAUGCCAACGGCAAAUUUGGAGACCUAUAAUGUAAUAUCAAAUAGGUUGAUACAAGAAGAAUUGGCAUAUGAUUGUCUUGCCCAGGAGAAAGAGAAUCAGGAAUUGGUAUGCAAAUUAACAGAAGAGCAAAAGGUAAUAUAUGACGAGGUGUUAAGAGAUAUUAAAGGCAAAACUGGGGGCUUAUUCUUCGUUUAUGGUUGUGGAGGUACUGGUAAGACGUUCUUGUGGAGAACAUUGUCUACCGCUUUACGAUCUAAUGGUGAAAUAGUGUUAAAUGUUGCAUCUAGUAGCAUAGCUUCUCUUUUGUUACCAGGUGGCAGGACUGCACAUUCUCGAUUCGCCAUACCUAUAUCUGUCAAUGAAGAUUCCACUUGCAACAUAAGUCAGGGUACCCCAUUAGCUGAGCUUAUUAUGCAAAGCAAGUUGAUCAUAUGGGAUGAAGCUCCAAUGAUGCACAAAUUUUGUUUUGAAGCCCUAGACAGAACUAUGAGGGAUUUGUUACGCUCCAGAAAUCCAAAUAGUUAUGAUAUGACAUUUGGGGGUAAAACCGUUGUUUUUUGUGGCGAUUUUAGGCAAAUUCUACCAGUAAUUCCAAAAGGUACAAGACAAGAUAUUGUUGGGGCAAACAUAAAUUCGUCAUAUCUUUGGAGGUCCUAUAAAGUAUUUAGGCUAACUAAGAAUCUACGCCUAAGAAGUGUACAAUCAGCGAUUGAGGCUAAACAAAUUGAAGAGUUUGCAAACUGGAUAACUAAUAUAGGUGGCGGUACACUUGGUAAUUCAAGUGAUGGUGAAGUAGAUUUUACAAUUCCAGAUGAGUUUUUGCUAAGAUCUGAUGAUGAUCCUAUUGCUACAAUUGCUGAUAACACCUUCCCUGGUUUUGGACGUGGUAAUGAAGAUCUUUCAUAUCUUAAGGAUAGUGCUAAAUUGGCUCCAACAUUGGAUGUGGUAGAUAGCAUUAACAAAUACAUGAAUGAUCAUAAUCCAGCUGAGGGUAGGACUUACUUGAGUUGUGAUUCAGUUUGUAAGUCAGAUUCAAAUGCGGAUAUGUUAGCGGAUUUGCACACUCUUGAAUUCUUGAAUGGUCUGCAAUGUUCUGGAGUACCAAAUCAUGCUUUGACUUUGAAAGUUGGGUCACCGGUUAUGCUCUUGAUAAAUAUUGAUCACACUCUUGGCUUAUGCAACUGCACAAGAUUAAUUGUAACAAGGUUAGCUGAUCACGUGUUGGAAGCCCAUAUCAUGUGUGGUACAAAUGCAGGUACUAGAGUAUUGAUACCCAGAAUGUCACUUACACCAUCAGAUCCAAGAUUGCCUUUUAAAUUCCAACGAAAGCAAUUUCCUUUGAUGCUAUCAUAUGCCAUGACAAUAAACAAAAGCUAA